GUCGGUGUUACGGAUCAAAUUCGAGCAGCUACAGUGUUCCAGUUGAUCCCUAAACCAAGCCAGGCAUCACAGCAAAUUGAGCGAUUGUGCGGAUACAUGCCGAGCUUUGAUAUCCGGCGCAUGGGCAACAUGCCCGCCAAUACCGCUGGUCUGUGGAAGCGGGUGACCUUCCUGCUGGCCCUGCCGGCCAUCGUCCUGUGCGCCGCGAACGCCUUCUCCGGGCACAAGCACGUGGAGCGGGAGCCGUUCGCCAAGUAUGAGUACCUGAGGCGCCGGACCAAGCGCUUCCCCUGGGGCGAUGGCAACCGCAGCCUGUUCCACAACGCCGAGGUGAAUGCUCUGCCCGAGGGCUACGAGGAUGAGGUGCCUCAGGAGGAUUAGGCGCGCCCAUUGUCUAUUAUUUUACUUUUGAACUUAUUUUACUAGAAACUGAUGAACACUCUUGGUAAAUUG